GUGGUGGGGUUAAAAGUCGUGGACAUCGGACAAAGGUUGGUUGCGUCGGUAGCCGGCGAACUAGGCGGUGCUAAGCAGUCAGCAGACAAGCAGGCUUUACAUCAAGACAUCUCGUCGAGAAGCAAACCGAGCAGAGUGGCGGCGCAUUCGCGAUUCAAACAUGGCAGCGGCUACCAGCGUUGUCGUGCUCGACCGGGGCAACAAUACCACCUGCACGAUCAACUUACAUGGUGCCACAGUGGUUUCUUGGAGGGUUAAUAAUCAAGAACAGCUGUUCGUUAGUAAGCAAGCAGUGUUCGACGGGAAGAAGGCCAUUAGAGGUGGAAUUCCAUUUGUCUUUCCACAAUUUGGACCCUGGACAUUUGGCCCAGGGCAUGGAUUUGCAAGGAUUAUGCGAUGGAAUGUGGAGAAAUCUCCAGAAAGAUUACCAAGUGGAGAUGUAGAAGCAAUAUUUUCGAUAAUGGAUAACGAUUUUACUCGAUCAAUGUGGAAUUAUCCAUUUCGACUUACAUAUAGGUUAAUUCUACGUGAAAAAGAGCUUCAUUUUAAUAUCGGAGUUUAUAAUCCUAGCAAGGAACAUACUUUUAGUUUCAAUCUGCUUCUACAUACAUACUUCAAGGUUCCUGAUGUGAGAAGGUGUCAGAUAACUGGUCUUCAUGGUUGUACUUUCAUUGACAAGACGCGAGACAAUCAAAUAUUCCAAGAAGGUCUAGACGUUGUUACAGUACGUGAAUGGACCGAUAGAAUUUAUCAGAAUACACAGCCUGAGCACAUAAUCACGAACGUGGUUUCCGGAAGAAAAAUGCGAGUCCAGAAAUAUAAUUUUCCUGAUACUGUUGUAUGGAAUCCGUGGCAAGAAAAAGCUAGAGAUAUUCCUGAUUUUGGUGAUGAUGAAUUCCCUAAUAUGAUUUGUGUAGAAAGUGGACAUGUCAGCAGUCCUGUUAUACUUUUACCAGGAACAGCUUUUGAGGCUAGUCAAAUUCUCCAGGUCAUGUGAGUAGAGGGUGGAGUUUCAUCUAGCCAAGUAACAGCAAACAUGGGAGCAUCAGAACAAUUUCAUCCUCCAUCAGAAUCUUUACCACCGGCACGUCCUUGCGCAACUGUUGGAUGGCCAACAAAUCCACCUAAUUGGUUUUAUGUUCAAUCACCAGCUCAAACACCGGCGUACAACCAUCAUCAUCCAUCUCAUCAUUACUCCCACUGUGUAACUCAGUCCUGCUCCAUAUGUUCUCUAAAUCUUUAAAAACCCGAAAACCGUAAGUUUGCUAGGUAAAUUUAGCUGAUGGGCGACUAUUGACUAUUUUAUUCUAAUUAUAAUUAAUUAACACUUUUUUCCUCCUUUUAUAAAUUUAAAGCUACGGUAUGCAAUAUCAUAAUUAUUCCAGUUUUUUUUUACAUUCCUUAUAAUAUUUUCUUGAGUUUUUAUCUCAAGAUGACUAGCAAUUUUCCACGAUUAAAUAUUUUUUUCGAUAAAUAAUACAGACAAAGUAAUGGUGCUAUGAAUAAUGUUAAUAAAUGACGUUGUAAGCAUUAGAUAAAGAUUGUUAGAAUUUAAGCCCACCGAAUUCAUUUUGCAAACACUUUAUUUUCGAAUCAAUGCUUUAAUGAAUAUAUCAGUCAAAAAACGAGCAAUAAUUUGAAAUAAAAAUUAGAUUCUAUUUGUAUUUAUAAAUGAACUCUGCUUCAAUUAAAUAAUAUUGAGAAUAUAAAUAAAAUUGCCAAUAUUUGAGCUUUAAAUACUGUCAGCUGUUGUCAACUGCAAUUAAAUCAAUUGAAUAUCAUUGAUCUUCCGCUUAAAACUAUAUACAUUUAGCCAAUAAUUAAAUUUAAUGAAGACAACAAGACUAUGAAAUAUAAAUAAUUAGAAAGUAUUUUUGAUUCAUUUAUUAUGCUUUUUUUUCGUUUUGUUUCGUACUUGUAAUUGAAUUUUAUGUUUUAUAGGCGAUAAAUAUUAUUAAAAAAAAAAUAAAAAAUAAGAUGUAUACGAUUAAAUUUUGCCAGUGUCUUAAGGUACAGUGGCUUUUCAGUGGUGUAAAGAUAAAUACGUCACUGAAUGAAUUAAUUCAAGUAGAGUUUCAGUUAUUAUAUUGUAAUAUCGAGUUUUUGUAAAUAGAAAGAGUUCGGUAACGAACAAAAUUGUGUGUGUUCCUAUACAUUCAGACACAGGUGUGAGAAUGUGACAGCGAAAAUGAGCAUAACAGAUAAUUAGAAUUAAAUUCAUGUGUUAAUUAUAAGCCAUUUGAAUUGUAAUAUGUAGUGUUAAAAAUUUAAUUAAUCACCUACAGUUUUCAUUAUCGAGAGAAAAAAUUGAAAUAAAUACCUACAAUAGAUGUUUGAUCAUACAUUUGGUCAACUAUCAACUACCUUUAUGAAAAUAUAUAUAUAUAUAUAUAUAUAUAUAUAUAUAUAUAUAUAUUUAUAUCUUGAAGUAGGAUUAAUUGCAAUUUUAUCGACUUAUUAUUCUUUCCCAUUAUUAGCCUUGAUAUAUUGUUGAGAAUUUUGUUUUACGAAUAACAGAAUUGCACAUUUAUUGCAGCAAAAUGUUAGAGAAAAAAGAAGGCUUGAAGAAUGUAAUUUUUUUGGGAAAGUGCAAUAAACAUAUAGAAAACAUGUAAACAUUAUGUUGGUUUAAAAAAUCACUUAAUUGGGAUUAAAAAUAAAAUGAAAUAUUAUAUGAUGAAAAA